AUGGGCACUCCCUGUAACGUGACAGCCCUCGAGGCACAGACUCAGAUGGACACCAGCAUCUUCCACCUGAUCAAGCUAGUCAGCUCUACUGUGAGCUGCACACUUAACACCUUGCUCAAUGUUCCUUUGCUCCUGGCAAUCACCCGUUCUCCAUCCCUCCUCAGACAUACACGGUUUCUUCUCCUCACACACCUCCUCUGUUGCGACAACCUUCGGUUACUUCUCUGUACAGUUCAGGCAGUUCUUCUAAUAAUAAAGGAAAGUAUGCCUGUGGCCCAUUGCCUGGUCUUCUGUGCUGCUACCCAAUUCUGCUCAUUGGUAGACCUCUUCCUGAGCACCGCGCUGGCUUUGGACCGCUGUGUGGCUAUUAAGUGGCCCUUUCACUAUGAAAUCUGCACGUGUGUUCGAAGGAAGACAGCGACUGUAGCAGUCAUAUGGACCCUGUCAUGUGUUCUCAGCAGUGUGGCCCUGUGUAUUGGACUGAAGACAGUGGAGGUCAAUGGUUCCCUUCCUCGCUGUCGACCAGUCAUCCUCGCCCCCUGUGUGUCAGACACCUCAGUCCUGUUCAUAUCUUACACUGUGGGGAGCGGUGUGGUGCUACCAGUCUGCCAUCUGACCAUUAUGGGCUGCUUCUUCCUGGUGUGCUGGGAUAUACGUGGUGGGCUGCUCUUCACCAAGAGAGCUCGGGUGACUCUGACUCUCCAGGCAGCACAGACGGUCUUCUACUCAGUUCCUUUGAUUAUGGACAGCUACCUGAUCCCUGGCUACCUGCACUGUGACGGUCUUGACAUAGCAGCCUCCACCACCUAUAGUUUGGGGGUGUCACUCAUCCCUUUGGUGUACGGCUACCGCUCACGAGAGCUUCAGCAGAGGAUGCUACAUGCAGCACAUGGGAAUCGAGUCAACAACGCAAGCUAG